GGUUCGACAGAGAGAAGCAGCGAUUGCAGUCACUGCAGAAGAACAGCAAAGGAAACAAUGGCGAGAAUCAAGGUCCAUGAGUUGAGACAGAAAUCAAAAACCGAUCUUUUAGCCCAGUUGAAAGAUCUCAAAGCUGAGCUUGCUCUUCUUCGCGUUGCUAAAGUUACCGGCGGUGCACCGAACAAGCUUUCCAAGAUAAAGGUGGUGCGGCUGUCUAUUGCUCAGGUAUUGACAGUGAUCUCACAGAAGCAGAAGGCCGCACUGAGGGAGGCAUACAAGAAGAAGAAGUUCUUGCCCCUUGAUCUCCGUCCGAAGAAGACCAGAGCCAUUAGGAGAAGACUUACCAAGCAUCAGGCAUCGUUGAAGACAGAACGGGAGAAGAAGAGGGAAAUGUACUUCCCAAUGAGGAAGUAUGCCAUUAAGGUUUAGGACAAGAUAUUUCAGAAAGAUUCUAUUUUUUGAAUCCAUUUAUCUUUGCUUACUAGCAACAUAUUGCGAAACCGGAGUUGUAAUCUUGUUCAAUUUUCGAGUUUUUGAACUUUUCCGAUGUCAAACCUAGAUGUUGAUCUUUUUGAUGAAGUGGUAAUCGAAAAGAGGGACUGACUUUUGCAUUUGUUGAUGA